AUGAACCUGGAUGAUUGUCAGAGCAAUGGCCCCUCCCAAAGCACAUCCAGUUUAAAAGGAGUCAGAAGGAGCAGCAUCCAUCAGAACAGUCACAGGUACAGGUGGAUUAGACAGACGCCUGAAGACAUCUGCAGACAUGAAGACUGCACUCAAGCUGCUGCUGUCCCUGGCCUUAGCUGUGGCUCUGUCCAUCAACACAGCAACUACUACAACUACAGCACCAGCAACGAAUACAACUACUACACCAGCAACGACUACAACUACAGCACCAGCAACGACUACAACUACAGCACCAGCAACGAAUACAACUACAGCACCAGCAACGACUACAACUACUACACCAGCAACGACUACAACUACUGA